CCCCUCUUCGUAUUGUACUUAUACCCCUCUCUUUUUCUCUUUGGUUGUGUUCUCCCCCUCCGAGUAAGUACAACGAGCAGCACCCGGCAUCCGCAGCCCGAGCCCCUCUUGUGCUACCGAUUUUCCCCUUCCCCCUUUUUCGAGGAGAAACAACAAACCAUUGCGGUGUUCUCAUCGUCAGUCGGUGUUCGAGUGUACUGCUUGCUACGCGUAUUACGUGCGUAUAUUUACGACGACGACGACCUAUACGAACAGAAUUAAAAGAAGAAUCGAAGUUGAAACGCGUUGAUACUACCACACACUCACACACAUACAUGUAUGCACGUAUGCAAUCAUUUUCCACAUCGUUUUUCUACGCCUAUGUAUGUAACAACGUAACUUGUCGGUUACGUUCAAAAGGAUUCAACACGAUUCUCGUUUGAUCCGAGUGAAGAAAGAAGAAAAAGAAGAAGAAGAGGUGGAGGAGAAGGAAGAACAAGAGAAAGUGGAAAAUGGGGGAUACGGAAAGAGAAAGAAUUUAAAGUUUAUCACUCGUUGCUCUGGUGGUUUGUAUCGAGCAAACGAACGAGCAAGAAAAAACGGAAGUAGAAGAGGAGGAAGAACAAGAAGAAGAAGAAGAAGAAGAAGAAGAGGAGGAGGAGGACGCGUUCAAGCGUGGUGAAGGGCAGCGCAUAUAGCUAGAGGGUGGGGGUCACGAAGAGGGGCAAAAGGAUCGUCAUUUGUCGGUUCACAUUUCGAGAAGAAAUAGUAUUUACUUAAAAUUGUGCCCACUACACACUUAACAGUGGCCGUUGACGAAGGAUUGUCGUUGUAUUCUGAAUCGAAACGACAUUUUUAUCAAUCAAUAUUUUUUUCACAAUUUUCUCUGUUACGUCCUUUAUUAUAAAGGAAAGAUAAGAAGAAGAAGAAAAAGAAGAAUUGAAUAUUUGAUUACAAAAAUAUUAUAUAUACAUAUAUAUAUAAAUCAACGAAGAAAAAGAAAACAAAGCAAUCAUGUUAAGACUAUUGGGUGGUCUUGCCUAUUACCUGAAAUGGCAAGAAAUUUCUACCGGUUCUUUGAUCUUCCGACUGCACAACAAUUUUACAGCUGUGGUGCUUCUGGCAUUCUCAUUAAUAAUCACUGCAAACCAAUAUGUUGGAAAUCCAAUCUCCUGUAUCGUGGACAGUAGCCUACCCCAACAUGUGAUCAACACUUACUGCUGGAUAACAUCAACGUUUACUAUGCCGGAUGCGUUCAAUCGACAGGUUGGCAAAGAGGUGGCACAUCCAGGAGUGGCGAAUGACUUUGGAGAUGUAAAAGCAAGAAAAUACUAUCCUUAUUACCAAUGGGUUUGCUUCAUACUAUUCUUCCAGGCAAUUUUGUGUUAUACACCUCAAUGGCUUUGGAAUAUGUGGGAAGGUAAACUUAUGGAUUCAUUGGUCAUGGGAAUGAAUUAUGGUCUUGACAAAGAAGAAAAUGUGAACAAAAAGAAAUCUAUGUUGAUGAAAUAUAUUUUGUCGCAUACAUCG